AUAUACUACGCUCAACAGGGAAAUCGUUUAGGUUAAUCCUCAUCAGCGUCAGUUUAUCAUUUUUUUUUUUCAAAAAAAAGAGGAAUUUAUUUCAUUCGAAGGAGUGGUUCGCAUCGGCAUCUCCCGCUGGUUUUCUUUCCUGAAUGUUUUAAACUACCAAAACGGAGGACGUCCGUCACUUACCUAUAAUUAAACAUUUCGGUUGAUCUUCUUCUCCUGCUCAUAUUAUCAAGGCUUCAUCCAUUCCCCACCCGAACCAGCACAUCUCCAUCUCCAUCUAUAAACACUUUCCUCCACCCCUCCUCCCCUGGUUCACAAGAAAUCCAAUUGCAUCUCCACUUUGUACCUGGAACACGAUCCAGUCCACCGGUCUUCCUACGUACCCUCUUCUCUCUUGCUCCAUCAUAUAUGGUUCGGCUGUAGCCACGUUUUUUGCUACCUUCAAUUUCUCUUCCAUCCUUCACCUUCCACAGCUCAAGCUCUCCCCGACUCUCUACUCUAGUCCUCCUAUCCUAUUUCGUCAUGGAUCUCGCUAGCCUUAUCACUCCGGGUCCUGAACCCAUCUACAAGUCUCGGGCAUCCUACAGCCCUCCUCCUAGCUCGGCGGGUUCCUACAAGCGCCCGGCUGAAUACGACUCUUACUUCUCUUACUCGCGCGCCCCGCAACCCCCUCUUUCCCCGCCAGUCGAGGACCAGCCCAAGUGCUCUCUUCCCUCUAUCUCGGCCCUCCUGGAAAGUGCAGACAGCGCAUCGCCAUAUGCUGCAAAGCGUCAAAGAACGAGCCCACCCCCGCGCAGGGAGUCUGAGUUCCGUUCACCUUAUGACUCAGUCUCUACACCAAAUGGCCCUCCUACUCCGCCUUUGCGUCCUGAAUCCGGCUUCCACAGCAGCAACCACUCUCCCUCUGCUUCGUCCGUGACCAGUGGCAAGGCCAUCAAGCUCGAGUCAUACUCGCAAACCCCCGUGACACUGCCCAGCCCGUCCGAUAGAUCCUCGAUCUCCAGCCAGGGCUCUAUCCACCACGUUUCCGCUGCUCCCUACGCUUCCCCUGCCCCCAGUGUGGCCUCUUACUCUUCGCCGGUUGAAUCCUCGGCCCCGUCCACCAUGUACUACCAAAGACCUUCCGGCUCCUACCAGAGCGCCGCCACUGUGCCUACUCCACCGGCUGCUCCUAUGCCUGCGUCGGCCGCACACCAGCAGAUGAUCACUCCCGUCACUCCGGCCUGGCAGCACCACCACUACUUCCCGCCUUCCAGCUCGGCACCCUACCAACAGAACCACGAUCGGUACAUCUGUCGGACUUGCCACAAGGCCUUCUCCAGACCAUCCAGCCUGCGCAUCCACUCUCACAGCCACACCGGCGAGAAGCCAUUCCGCUGCACUCACGCCGGCUGCGGCAAGGCCUUCAGCGUACGAAGCAACAUGAAGCGCCACGAGCGUGGCUGCCACACAGGGCGCCCCGUCGCCACAGCCAUGGUAUAAACACCAAGGCACAAAGACAAGAAAAAAAAAGAAAAAAGAAACAAAACAAAAAUAAAAAAAAAAGACAACACCCAAGAGCUAUAUACUGCAGGUCUAUGCAACAUCUACCUUGCAGCACCUUCUGAUUCUUUAAUGAUACCCUUUUAUGCGUGUUAUUUUUAUUACUUUCUACCCGGGUUUAGGGUUCAGGAACAGGUGUCUGGGACAGGAACUCAUAUACAUACAAUUUUUUGUUUGCUUCUUCUCUUCUCACCACAUGUAUAUAUUAUAUGGACGGGUUUUAUUGAAAGGAUCGGAAUUAACCAGGCGUCGAAGGAAACCCGGGGGUUUCUCCGGGUUGGGAAGCAACAUAUCAGGGUCUCGGGCAUAUGUCGGAGUCUUGGGCUUCCCUUAUUGUUGUUACGUGUUUCAUUUGUGUCAUUUCCUUUGUUAUAGUGAUGUGACAUGACCCCGAGAAAGAAUUGUAUAUUUUGAGUCCUUCUCAAUCAGUCUUGUAUGUAGAUACAUCUAUACAGAUAUGCCUAUACGAACAUCAUUACUUGAAA